AUGUUGUCGGCCGUGUUGUGCGUGGUAGCAGCACUGCUUGUCAUCUGUGUCACUCACUGGAUCUACAAAUGGAGGAACCCAAAGUGCAAAAAUGGAGUCCUCCCUCCUGGUUCCAUGGGCCUUCCUUUCAUUGGGGAGACCCUUUCUUUGAUCAUUCCCAGCAACUCGCUUGCUCUUCACCCCUUCAUCAAAAAGAGAAUUGCAAGAUAUGGGCCAGUUUUUCGAACAAAUGUGGCAGGUCGCUCUCUCAUUGUAACGACAGACCCUGAAUUCAACUAUUUCAUUAUGCAACGAGAUGGGAAGUUAGUGGAAUCGUGGUACUUGGAUGCAUUUGCUAAAGUUUUUGCACAAUCUGGAGAGAUUAAACCAGAUACUGCUCACAUCCAUAAAUAUGUGAGAAAUACCGCUUUGCGUUGGUUCGGCAUGGAGAGCCUCAAAGAUAGGUUGCUUCCUCAGAUUGAAGUAUUGGCUAAGAAAACUCUUGUCAAGUGGGCAAGCAAGGAAUCGAUUGAUGUGAAAAGCGAGGCUGCAACAGUGAGUAUAGAUUUUGGUGCACAACAAUUGUUUAGCUAUAAUCCCGAAAAAUCGCCAGAGCAAAUAAGCGAAUUGUUUAAGGACUUGAUACAAGGACUCAUGUCCUUUCCUUUGAACAUCCCUGGAACUAUGUACCACAAGUGCAUAAAGAAUCAUAAAAAGUACUGGAUAUGA